AUGUCAGGCUAUGAUUACGGCGGCGGCCCUGGAGGUGACCGGGGCUAUGCUUUCCCAUCCGGUGGUGAUGGGCACAAUCGGCUAGAGCAAGAACAUCAAACAGGUCUUGGUCCAAACUCCCGAACUGCAGUAUACCCCAGCGGCCAGAAUGGAAGACCGCCCCCAUCCCCUGUACUGGGUUCUGGGGAUAACACAGACACAGAGUCUCGGCGCAGCAUGGAGAGGAACCGGUCAAGACCACGGGGUGAAAAGCCUGCUAAUGCGCAGGUGCACACAUGUCAUGUGUGCGGAGGAGUGCUGCAGGGCCAGUACGUGCGUGCUCUCGAGGCGACUUUCCAUCUCGACUGCUUCACAUGUCGUGAUUGCGGUGAGAAUGUAGCUGCCAAGUUCUUCCCUGCAGAUGACGAGAAUGGCGGUGGCCAGUAUCCCCUUUGCGAAACAGAUUACUUCCGUCGACUUGGGUUGAUAUGCUUCAAAUGCGGCGGGGCACUUCGUGGGUCAUAUAUCACAGCCCUGGACCGCAAGUAUCAUGUUGACCACUUCACCUGCUCUCUGUGCCCAACUGUGUUUGGUGCCCAGGAUAGCUACUACGAGCAUGAGGGCCAGGUCUACUGCCAUUACCACUACUCUACACAAUUCGCCCAGCGCUGCAGUGGUUGCCAGGCUGCUAUUCUGAAGCAGUUUGUUGAGAUUUUUCGAAACGGUCAAAACCAACAUUGGCAUCCUGAGUGCUACAUGAUCCACAAAUUCUGGAACGUCCGACUCAACCCUCCUCCACAGACAAGUACGCCCAUUACCGACGAUACUGCUGGUCGUGAGCGUGUGCGCGAAGAGGAAGAGCGCAUGGAGGAAAAGGUGUACCGCAUCUGGAGUGUUCUGUCAACAUUUGAAGAGUCGUCUGCAGCAUGCAUCUCGGACAUGCUGUUGCAUGUGAGCAAUGGGGCCUAUCUUGAUGGUGUCAUGGUUGCUAAGCGAUUCAUAUUCCAUGUCGAUGUCCUCUUCCGCUCUGCGGACAGACUGGAAGCCACUAUGAAUAAGUUGGAGAUGAAAGGUCAGUCUCUCCUUGGCAAUGAUGAUAAAGCUUCCAGAAAGCCCGGCAUUACCCAAGACUUGUUAACACUGGUCACUGGUCUUGCGCACUACCUUAAGCUCCUUAUCCGGAUAUGCCUUCAAGGAGCUCUGCGCAUAGAAAAAGAGCGUAACACAUCUGAAGGUCUCUUUCACUUCCUGGACGACAUCAGCAAUUUGGAUGCACUUAGGGAAGAUAACUCAACUACUACUCUACAGCUGACCUCUGGAGUUUCCCGACUUUCAGCACAUGACUCAGACCAGUGUACUCUGUGCCGGAAAUCCAUCGAGGACGAAUGCACCAAGCAUGGCGACAACAGGUGGCAUAUUGCUUGUACCCAUUGUGCACGCUGUAAUAAAGAGCUCGGUCGUGACCUCCAGCACGCGCGCCUGGCUCAGCCUGAUGGGAAGAUUAUCUGCAGCACUUGUGCGCCCGAAAGCCAGCCAAAUGUUGGUCCAUUUGAGCAUAUCACCAAACUGCAGCAAUACGUCUUCCUGCUUCAGGUAGCCCUCGCCAGGUUAUUGGAGAUUCUUCGGGCAAAUGGGGUUCUUAACAACAACCCUUCGCAAGAUCGUGGUGGGAGUGGCUAUGGUCCAGCAGAUGGUCAGCCGGGAUCAUAUGGGUCAGACAACACACAACAUCGCCGGGAAUCCUCAUACGAGAGUGCCUUGAAUGAUGUUCGGAGAUUGAAGAGUACCCGCCUAGAUAAGCACUUGUCCUCGAGUUUCAGGAAGGCUCGAACUUCCCGGAUUUUAGAUGGUCCCGAGAGCAGCAGCGCACACCCUGGAUCUACCAGCGGCGGAGCCGGGGAGAGACCAGUCACGAGGGGGUUCCAAAUCAUUGAGGAACGGGCGCCCAUGGAUGAGGCAGACAUGAUGCUCCCAAACCAGGAUGCCAUAACUCUCGAUGAUAUUCCCCGAAUUGUCGCCGCCGAGCAGGCAGCUAGGGGCCAGCAGCGGCAGUACCCUCCUCCACGUCAUGAUUCGUUCCAUCCUCCACCUAAUGACCUUAGACCGGGAGCUGGACCCGCCGGAGGAAGCGGUCACCAAAGGAGCCUGUCAGAUGGCAAGAACCAAGGACAGCGCGCCGUCGGCGAGGGAUCCGGUCCUCCUCAGCCACGUGCCCGUCGGUAUUUCUCUGAAUUAUCAGGGCUGGAGUAUUUCAUUGUCAGACAUCUCGCGGUCCUCAUUAUGCAUCCGAUGGUCGAGUCAGAGUUUACUCUCGAAGAGCUUCUGAGCCUCAUUGAGAGCAGAAAGCCAGCCACAUUCUGGAAAAAUAUCGGCAAAGCUUUCAAAAAUGACGGUCGGAAGAAUGUCAAGAAAAAGGGUGUCUUUGGUGUUCCGUUGGAGGUUAUCAUUGAACGUGAUGGAGCUGAAUCCACAGAUGGUGUCGGCCCCGGAACAUUACGGAUCCCUGCUGUCGUGGACGACAUCAUCUCUUCCAUGAAGCAGAUGGACCUGUCGGUUGAGGGCGUUUUCCGCAAGAACGGCAACAUCAAGAAACUCGGCGAGCUGGUAGAAAAACUAGAUAAGGAGGAACAAGUGGACUUCAGCUCCACACAUGUCGUGCAGGUUGCUGCUUUGCUCAAGCGGUAUCUGCGAGACCUUCCUGAUCCCUUGAUGACACAAAAACUCUACCGGCUUUGGCUCGCAGCUGCGAAAAUCCAGGACCCACAGAAGAUGAAGCACUGCAUCCAUUUGAUCUGCUGUCUGCUUCCCAAACCCAACCGCGACUGUCUUGAGAUCCUGUUUUGCUUCCUCAAAUGGGUAGGGUCUUUCCAUCAGGUGGAUGAUGAGUCUGGAUCAAAGAUGGAUAUCAAGAACCUGGCGACCGUCAUGGCUCCCAACGUCUUGUUUGACAGGAAUAAGUCUUCCGCUCUUGACAGCGACCCGAUGUUAGCCAUCGAGGCUGUGGAGGUGUUGAUCGCGAACAUCGAGGAGAUGUGCUUGGUCCCUGAUGAUGUUCUUGAGUUGCUCAACGACCAAUCACUUUUCGGCACCAGCGGAGAAUUGACCACCAAGGAGAUCCUCAAAAAGUUCUCGGACCGUGCUGCUAACGGGUUGGGUCCGAAGCAGUACGCAGAAGUCACAGAAAUUGUGGGUCGUCACGACAUCCCGAGUCGGCCUGCUCCCCGUAGGAUGGAGAGUGACCCGACGAACUGGCAUCAGGAGAGCAGUGCUCGUCCAAUGCAGGAUAACACACUACCUUACGGCAAUACCCCCGUGAAUUCGUCACCAAAGCGUGGAGGACCCUAUGAUGGUCCACCUCCUCAACAGCCUCCGUAUGGUCAGUAUGAUCAAGGGGGCGCUCCGGGUAACAAUAACAAGAACGACCAGCCGCAACGGGAGUGGCGCAACUCGGCAUGGAGCCGGCAAAAUAGUGGAUUGACCACUGGUACUGUCUAG